AACCCAGUUUUCGUUCUUUCUCCGAGAACGGUGUUGCGGUAUCGUCCGGCUGCUACUCGAAAUUUCUCUUGUAUUGUAAGAGCUUUACUGAAUGAAAUCCUCGCGGGAUGUUGAAGUGGCCCAAAAGUGAAGAGUGUGUAGUUAUGCAAACUAGAAUCUAGAUAAGGGAGAAAGCUUUCGCAAUGAGUGAUAAUGAUAUUAUAGAUAAAAACUGUGAAGACAACUUCGUGAAGUACCUCCUAGCAGUCAACGAAACCAAACGGCGAUGUUUUGAGGGCGCGUUUUCUCUGCUCUAUCUUGCUUGGGGAGGCGCCAACAGAUAUGAAAGGCUCUACGACUUCUGCACCGAAGUCCUCGGGUGGAAGAAGCAAGAUCUCAAGAACCUUUUGUGCGAGGCGCAAAUGAGACAUAUCAGCGUAUCGUCUGGUAGCAGAUGUUAUUCUUCUAGUUAUUCAAAGCCAUCAACACCUUGUACUCCCCGCUCUCUUGGUGAGAACAGUGCAUUUUUUGAGGAUCGUUCUGUUUUUGAGGAUUUUAGAUCAUCGCAUUCAUUGAAACAGUCACAGCAAAAUGGUGUAGUUGCACAAGCACAAUCAUCUUCAUCCGAAACUGAAGGGCAUAGCAUUUGCGCUUCCCCCCAUGUUGAAAAUAGCACUGCUUUUGAAAAUAGCGAAUUUUCUGGUGUUGGAGGCUCAAUAAGCAUAAGGAGUAAUUCUGAUGAUGAUUCCCAAUGUAAUCGAGAAGUAAUUAAGAAAGUAGAGCAUGAAGGUUCUUGUAAAAGCGGCCCUGGUGGCAAGCUCACUAGCGAGGAGCUCCAGAGUGACAAAGAAUUGAAUAAAAAGGGACAGUGUGACCAAACGAAGCAAAGUAGUAAAAACAGCAAAGCACGUUCGAGUCAGUCUUUGAACCAUGAUGAUUCACCAGAACUUAAAAGAACUCAGUCUGUGUUGCUUAACAGCUUUAAGAAGCUUUUUAACUUAAGUUCUCAGAGUGUAAACUCUUUAGGAGCAUCUAGUCAGAAAUCCUCAAACAACGAAGAAGACUUUAUUGAUGUAAAGCCUGAAACUUUGAUUCAGGUGGGAAAAGAGCCAGUGCAAACUGCUACGUCCAUUUCACAGCCUCUGUCUGAGGUUGCUUACAUGACUCAUCCUGUUCAGAAAGCCACACAGAUUAUUCAGGAUGUUCAUAGUGAGUUGCAGCGAAAUAAAGAGUCAGAAUUGGAAAAGAUCAAGCAGGAGAAAUACGGGCAUGGCAGCAUAGAAGAGAACCUCCUGGAACCGAAUUCUGCUCAAAUAGACACCAUUGCAGAAUCUCCUCUUGUACUAAAAUCUGUGCAAGAAUGUUCAGAGGUGCAAGUGCCCAAUAACCCUUUAGAAAUUCCUUCUAUAGCGAAAGAAGCUGUUCAUGAGAUGCACUAUAAUCCUGACGACCCCUUUGAACUGGAUCAAGCACAAGACAUUCUCAGCUGUUUCAUGUUGAAGUCUCGGAUUGACCCAGGUAAACUGCCCGAGAGGGUUCUGGUUUUGAUGCUCACCGAAAUAUUCCCGAAACUGCCUCCUCUUGUUACACAGUAUGUCAGCCGAAUGAAACACCUGUCUUAUGUCGUUUGUUACCUCGAUUAUGAUUUUGACAAUGCAUUCCUUAAAAUGAAGUUGGAUGAACUUCUCGUCUUGGCGAGUGAUCUGAUAAGCACUGUAGUGGAAAGUUGCAAAGCUAUUACUGAAAAACAGUUAAAGGAAAAUAGUCGUAAAUUUCGAUCAUCUAAAAGAAGGCUUAGAAGUGCCAGGAAGAGCUACUAUGAGCAUUUAAACUUUGUAGAGAGGACCCGCGAAGACUUAAGAGAAGCUGAGAAAGAAUAUCAAAAAGCCCAAGAAAGACAAUCGAAACUCGAAACUGACUCUCCUCAAGAUUGUGUUCCUCCUGAUGAAACAAACACCGCUGCUACAGCAAAUGAGAUACGCUCUGUUUCUCGAAGUGCUUCUUUGGUUGAUUUUGAUGAGGUGUAUCCCGAAGAGGGGGAUUCACAAACAAGUGGUAGUUUAUUGACAAGUGUCAUGGAAGAGGUUGUGAUUGGAAGAAAGCCUAGAAGGGAGUCCGUUCUUUUCAGGAGGAAAUUUUCGAGGAAUUCCCAAGAUGUCAUCCAUGUCAAGCGAGGCUUUAGGAAUAGUUUACGUUCAAACGUUUCUGCCGAACAAGAAUUCGUUGUGAAAGGAGAUCUUCUCAGUGAAAGACAAGCAGAAAGAAACAGACUUUCCAGGCAGAUAAAGAGACUUCGGAAAUCUGAGUCUAGAAUUUGUAAUGACGAGCUUCUAAUUAAGCAGCACAUUAAAGCAAGCUUAGAUGCAUACACCGAAGGAGGUCUUGAUGAAAGUGCAUCAAUUAAAGGAAGGCUUCGAGUGACAGAAAUUAGAAAUGGAAAUUUUGGGAAGUUUCUUAUUAGUGCAAGAAUGGAAGCCAUUAAAUUUGCUUCGAAUGUCACAGUGUUUGAUAUGAAAGAAUGGUUGAUGAAAAAGAAGUAUUCUACUUGUGAAGUGCAGCAAGUUUUCUCACAGCUUAAAGUAAAACAUUCGAAGGAGAAUGUUGGUAUUUUCGAUAUUCUCGAUAUAGAUGGUAGUGGACCUUCAGUUAUUGUUUUGUCUGGCCCUAAGGGUUGUGGAAAAACUUUCAUGUGCUAUUAUAUACUGCAUCAGUGGAAACUUCAAAAGCAUAUCGUCAAUUCUAAAAUUCAUGAGUUUGACAUUGUUUUAUAUGUAACAUUGGACAGUAUCUUAUCAUCUGGGUCUUGGUAUCAGUAUCUAAGAGAUCACGUUUUUCCAGAGACUUUGAGUGAAUUUCCUUAUACGGACAUUUAUGAAUCAUUCUCUAGGUUGACACUUCUGAUAUUGCUGGAUGUUAACGUAGUCUCCACGACAGGUAUAACAGUCUUGAACGAUAUGUUAAAGAAGCUUGGACAUAAUAAGUUAGUGGUUGCUGUUCGAUGUGGAAAUAUAUCAGAAAUAACAGAAGUUAUAAGAAGUAAUGAUUUAAGCUUUAUAAAAGCUAAAUUUUGCUCAAUGACAUCAGAAGCCAUUACAGAAUAUUCAUCACAGUUAGUAUCCUUGAGUGGAAGUAGAAACGAAAAGGAAGUUAUGCAGUUCGCUGAAAUGCUAAGAUCUUCGAGGUGUCUUACCACAUUAAAGUAUCCUUUGUAUGUAACUUAUUUGUUUUAUUUGUGGCUUGUAAACCCAUCACAUGUCCAGCACUCGACUACAGUUUCAAGACUUUUUACACAAGUUACUUUAACCUGCCAGCAGUCUUUGAUGGACGCAAGGAAAAACGACCCCGAUGAUGAAAAAAUAAAAAAUAAAAAAGUCGUACAGGAUUACAUUAGUCAGCUGUGUGAAGCAGCCUGGAAACUUAUGACUGAAGAAAACUGGAAAGUUGAAAAUCUAGUCUUGUUUAGAGAAGAUGAUGGCCCAUGCAAGGACCCCGCAAUUUGGUCAUACUUUCAUCCUUUCAUCUUUGUUAGAGAAGCCCCAGGUAAAAGGCAAGGAGUUCUUCUUCAUUCCUCACUGGCAGAAGUACUUAGUGGAUUUUAUUUGGCAUCAAAAUUGCUGUCGCAAAAGAAGAGUCUCUUUAACAAACGAUCAAAGCUGGAAUCAUACUUGCAGCUCGAUGUCAAACGGUAUAGGGAUGUGCUGUUACAUGUGGCAGGUGUUCUUGUAUACAAUAAACACAAUGCUGAAGAUGCCAAGGAAAUAGUGUUGAAUUAUGGAAAAAUACUGUCAGGAGGAGACUUUAGCUCUUGGUUUGAAUUGCUUAAAGAAUGUGACUUCAUGUCAAGCUUGUGCACAUCAGUAGCAAAUGAAUUAAUGCAGUACACCACUUGGUCAGUAGCAAAUUACAGUAAGGAGAAAAAUUUAAUUGUUGCUGAUUUACUUCGUAAGGGAGCCUACCAGCCUAAACAAGUAAUAAUAUCCAAUUCAGAGGAAAAAGAUGGAGAAGAUAGCCAAGGUGUGAGAUACAUUAUCAGUGCCCUUUCUACAUGUACAGCCACACUGGUUCACCUUCGGCAGGAGCUGCAGUUUUAUACUUGGGGUGAUAAGACGACAUGUGAUGUUCAGGUGAUUCCUUUGCAGCCUCCUGGAACCUUACAGAAUUGCUGGGGCCAUUUAGGGGUAGAGGGUGCUAUGGCCUUGAGACAUAGUCACCACUUAGAAGAACUUUACGUUCGAAUUUCGUCAUGUGAGGCUCUUGCUGCUCUGAGCAACUGUUUGGUUCACCUCCAGCAAACUCUUCGUUUCUUGUAUCUUCGCCUUGAUCUCCCGGCAACCACUCCAAGUUCGAGUUUCCACCCUUUGAAUUUUAAGGGCAAGAAGUUCUGGUUUAGACUAAGGAAUAUCAAUGACUCCUCUGUGAUUUGGGUAAUAGACACUGUUAACAGACUCAACAACUGGUACACCGAAGUGGUUCUUGAAGAGAGUAACCUGUCGCCAGCAUCACUUCACAACUUGAAGGAGAGCUUGCCCCAUAUAUCUAUACAUGUGUCCAAUUAAGCUUACGGAGGACAUUCGAGGAAAAGUACUGUAUAUAGCCUUAGAAAUUAUUUUAUUGAAAUUGUCAUAAACAGUUGUGAACUUUACUUCUGUGCAGCUUGAUUAUUGAUUUUACGUAAGGAAAUAUAAUUAUGAGCUUUCGUUAAGUUCUAGUGCAUCUUCAAGUUCCUCUUUGGAUUAUCAUUAUUUGACGCCAAGGAUAGAAGUCAACUACGCAACCA